GCACCAGAACCGAAGCUUUGCUGAUUGUUAUGAGGAAGUGCAACACUAAAAAACCUCCGCCAACAGCAAUGGAGGCCAUCCUGCGGCUGUCGGGUGUCGGGUGUCGGGUGUCGGGUGUCGGGUGUCUUGCCACUUCCCAAUCAACACCAUGAUGAGGAUGAGUUGCUGGGCUCUUUGUAGUUGUAGGCUUGUCCUACUGCUGUUUCUGCUACUGCCAUCAAGUUUGAGAGCUACCGAAUUCAACACGGAAGUCAUGGCUCGAGUGCAAGAGUUCGUGGCGAAUUUCAUGCAGCUACCGCUGGACUCGACGCUCCGAACGGUCCGGUAUCACGAUCUGAUUGGUUUCCCACGAGACUUGGGAGCACUAGGACGUGACUUUAAUACCCGAUGGCUCUUCUUUGAGGUACCCAACCAACUCAUGAUUGCGCUAGAAGAUGGGUCCUUUCUUUGGUUGGUCAACGACUUUCGAGGUGUUGCCUAUAGAGAACCUGGAAACAGCUACGCGAUCACAAUGAAUGCCAACAGCAGCAAGGCUUUUACUGUAUCCCCACCCGAGAUGGAGAAAUACUGGCAAGCUUGUGUGGAUGCCGAGACGGGUGCUCCCCAGACUUGUCAAAAGAAGGAAGGAAGCUUAUAUGUGCAAUGCGCCCAUGAUUGUGCUCUGGAACGGUGUCCCGAUGCCGAUAGCCAACGCAAUUGUUCCCUGGUUCCCGACCUGACGGAACGACGCCGCUGCCAAGGUGGUAUUACAUGGUGUCCGCAAUAUACGAUUGAAAAGUAUAAUGACACAACAACAACCAUCCGAGGGUUUGUCCCACGCACCAAGCAGUGUCUGAAUGCUUCUGGGAUGAUUGAUCAGCGACCCGGAAAUGUCCUGGCAAACUACGAAACGGGCGAGCUAGGAGACUGCUUGUUUCGGGAUGGGACCCCGGUCAGCAGAACCUUGGCGGGGGAUUAUGAGUACUGUCGCGGAGAGGUAUGCAACACUACAUUCAGUGGUGGGUAUGAGACGCAAGACUAUGAUCCACGCUUCCGAUCUUGGUAUGUUACCCAAAAGAAUACACAAGACAUGGUGUGGUCAGCUCCGUAUGCCUUCUUUACUACCGGAGAAUUUGGAAUGACGUUUACUCGGCCCUUGUACCAUCGUGAUCGGAGUGAUGGCAAGACUGUCUUCAAAGGUGUCAUUGCUGCCAAUUACUACCUAAAGGACUUGUCGGGGUUCUUGACAACGCAAUACAACCAAACAGACAAGUUGGUCAUGAUUGUGGAAGGAAAGGAACCAAACAAUAUCAUUGCGACGUCUACUGGGACCUUUCCACACAGUUGGGUUUUGAGGGCCAAUGCCUCCGUCUCGUGUCCCACGACAGACCAAGUAGAAAGGCGAUCCCUCUGUCAACGAAAAAGGGUACCCAUCCUCGAACUCAACAACAAUGGCCUAGAUGAUGCGGAUUUGGUCUUUCGAAGAGUUUUUGAGGAACAAAAAGCUCGGGAUUUCCCACUCACAGAUCUGGUGUAUCUCAAAGCUACCGAGCUCCAACAGGGUGACACGGCCUAUGCUUCUCAGGGUGGACUAUUCGAACACGCCAAUGUCAAGUGGCACGUCUUUGUCAUUUUGCCUCUGGAACGACAACCUACCGAUGCGGCAAUGCCCGGUGAUCCAGUCUUUGCGGCCGUGACGGUUCUUUCUACGGUUGGUUUUGCCACUUGUCUGGUUUUGUGCUUUUUGUUCCUCGGACACCGCAAAGAGACGGCUGUCAUCAUGGCCGACUGGCGGUUCACGUGUUUGUACCUUAUUGGAUGUUCCGUCUUGAACCUCGCCCCCUUGACCAUGUUGGGAGAGAGCACGGACGAGACUUGUCUGCUCCGGGGCUGGGCAUUCAACAUGGCUUUUGUAUGUGCCCUCUCUCCUCUGUAUGUCAAAGUCUGGCGCAUGUUCAAGCUUCUCAAGGCAAGCGCUGGGUUCAAACGAGUCAAUGUCACCAAUUUCCAGGCGUUGCUCUACACUCUGCCCAUCAUUUGCAUAGAGACGGUCAUUCUGUUUGUCUUUAGUUUUGUGGACCCUCCACUUGCCGUGGAACUGGUGGGGGUUGGUAACGGAUUAGGAGCCCAAUCCAUCACCUGCACGAGGAUGACGGAUGCCUUCUUUUGGACGCAAGUCGCCUAUCAUGCCUUUCUGGUUCUGACGGGCUGCAUCUUGGCUUUCCUAACACGCAAUCUGCAUCCAAAGUAUGGAGAGGCCAAGCAGCUUGCAUUCACCAUGUACAAUACUGCCUUUACAGGCGUCAUUACUGCGGUGCUUUUAGAGUUUGUGGAAAUGGAUCAAUCGAGCAGGAUAGUCCUGUGUGCUAUUGGCGUUUUAUGGGGCACCGUGUUGAGCGCAUUUGCGUUUGUUCUUCCUCGUUUAUUGCAAGUGGCUGAUACGAAGAAAAUGGUACAUGCGAGAAGGAGACUAAUGGAUGUCAGCGAAGGGAACCAACAAGUGCUCAUGUCUCAAAUGGCCUUUGGAAACAAGUCAUCCUUGUAUCAAGGAACUAGUUCUUCAGUUGCCUUUGCUGCAUCCGCAAGCUUUCUGCGGGAAGCGAGUGAUCGAGAGUCUGCCCCUCCGUUUGUUCCACCCGAGGACGGAGACCAGAGCAAAAUGCAAGAGGCGAAUGAUUGAUUCUGCACUACCGGGCACCUGAUGACGCUGAUGUCGACACUACGCAGCAGAAAGAUACCAACAGAGCCCAUAUCUGUCCGAUCCGGUGUUCGGGACAAUCCUGGGCAAGCCACUUUCCGAUGAAAAACAACGACAGCUGUUUCAGCCGACGUCGCUUCCUGGUCCAUUCUUGAGAUACCAUAGGAGAAUUGGUUCGCAUCAUCAGAUCACAUUGAACCCCGCAAGCCGAAGGCUUCACACCGUACGGUAUGCUGAUGGUGUGAUCUAUCGGAAUUUUCUUUGCUGCGGUAUCUCUAGCUAGAAGUAAGCUAGAUUAAGCAAGAGUAACACCCUUUGGAUUAUGCAACCCUUC